AUGCCAUUGUCAGACAUUUUGGACAGUCUAAAGGACAAUCCGUACUUUGGGGCUGGCUUUGGUCUGGUCGGAGUCGGAACCGCCUUGGCGCUAGCCAGGAAAGGAGCCCAGGUUGGGAUGGUGUUUUUCCGCAGACACUACAUGAUCACUCUGGAAGUGCCCAGCAAGGACAAGAGCUACCAUUGGCUCCUGAGUUGGAUCACCAAGCACGCCACUCGAACUCAGCACUUGAGCGUGGAGACUUCAUACAUGGCGCAUGAAAGCGGACGUGUUCAAACCCAGUUUGACUUCCAUCCCAGCCCAGGCAACCACAUCAUCUGGUAUGGCCACAAGUGGAUCAGAGUGGAGAGGACCAGAGAGAAACAGAUGAUUAACAUGAACACUGGCACUCCCUGGGAGUCAGUCACUUUCACGGCAUUGGGUCGGGACCGAAAAGUCUUCUUCAAUAUCUUACAGGAAGCCAGGGAGUUAGCCCUGAAGCAGGAGGAAGGUCGUACGGUGAUGUACACGGCCAUGGGAGCCGAGUGGCGACCAUUUGGGUUCCCGCGGCGACGCAGGCCCCUCAGCUCCGUGGUGCUGGAGGCGGGUGUUGCUGAAAAGAUCGUGGAUGACGUCAAAGAGUUCAUUGGAAACCCGAAGUGGUACACGGAUCGAGGCAUCCCAUACAGGAGAGGAUAUCUACUCUAUGGACCCCCGGGAUGUGGAAAGAGCAGCUUUAUCACGGCUCUUGCUGGCGAGCUGGGCUACAGCAUCUGUUUGAUGAGCCUGAGCGACCGCUCGCUUUCGGACGACCGUCUUAAUCACCUGUUGAGCGUUGCACCGCAGCAAAGUAUCAUUUUGUUGGAGGAUGUGGACGCCGCCUUCGUUAGCCGAGAGCUGCUUCCGACGGAGAAUCCUCUAGCCUACCAAGGAAUGGGAAGGCUGACUUUCAGUGGCCUACUGAACUCUCUGGAUGGAGUAGCUUCCUCUGAGGCCAGAAUUGUAUUCAUGACCACUAAUUAUAUUGAAAGGCUAGAUUCAGCAUUAAUACGACCCGGUCGUGUGGAUCUCAAACAGUACAUCGGCCAUUGCACCCACUGGCAGCUCAGCCAGAUGUUUCGACGCUUCUAUCCCGACCAGGCAGUCUCAGAGUGUGAACGUUUUGCAAACUGUGCUUUGAAGGUCCGCACGGAGAUCAGUGCAGCUCAGGUGCAAGGACACUUUCUGCUGCACAAAAUGGACCCUGUGGGAUCGAUACAAAACAUCGCUCAAAUACAGGAAUAA